UGUCUAUAGAAUACGUUCAGUGCGAGACAUCUGAAUUGAUACACAAAGAGGUGGUUAAUGAUGAAGAAGCUUACAAGUUAUACAAUGACCAUGCAUUUAAAUGCGGAUUUGGUAUCCGUAGGGGCAAAGUGUGUUGGAGAUAUGAUACGAAGACCAUCAGGCAACGUUUUUUGGUUUGUAGUCGUGCAGGAUUGAAAGACAUAAAAAGUGGUGUGCCUAAGGCAUAUACUAAGCUUGAUCAACGGUGUGGAUGUAAAGCGUACAUUCAAUUUGAUGUAUCCAAAGGGUCUGGACUUUUCAUUGUUACUAAGCACCAUAUUAUUCACAAUCACCCCAUGGUGCCAGUAAUACAAAGACAUUUAAUAAGAUCUCAUAGGAAAGUCACUGUUGAACAAUUACACAUGAUUAAUAAUUUGAGAAGUUGUGGAGUUGGGGUUGCUGAAGCUGUGCGUGUAUUGAGGAAGGAAGCUGGGGGAUCUGCCAAUCUUGGGUUGGCGCACAGGGAUGCUUAUGAUGCAGUUGCUGCUCAAAGAAAGAAAGAACUUGAUGGUUGUGACAGUAACCAGUUAAUUAAGAACUUUUCACAAAGGCAAGCAGUGGAAUGUGAUUUUUACUAUGACGUUCGACUAGAUGCUAUUGGCCACUUAAUAAGUUUUUUUUUGGAGAGAUGGAAGAAUGAAAAGGGAUUAUGAAGUGUUUAGAGAUUUGGUUGUUCAGGAUACGACGUACCGAACGAAUAAGUAUGGGAUGAUUUGCGGUCCGUUUGUUGGGAUGAACCAUCACCAAAGAAAUGUGAUGUUUGGAGUUGGUUUCCUACUAAAUGAAGACACCGAUUCGUUUGUGUGGUUGUUUGAGUCUUUUUUGAAAAGUAUGGGAGGUAGGUCGCCUUAACCAUAAU